AUGUCGCCGGUACCAUGGAGAGCCGGUUCUUUACCGUUGCUGGCCUUGUUGAGCAUCGGGCGAGCUCCACAGGCUCUGGGGUUCGGUUCGUCCGCAACGACAGAAAAUCCAAAUGUGCUCGUCGUAGUCGUCGACGACUUGGGCUGGAAGGACGUGGGCUUCCAUGACACCACCUUCUCCACCCCCAACCUGGACGCCAUGGUCGCGGAGGGGGUGGAGCUGUCGACGUUCUACACCGCCCCGACCUGCACGCCGUCCCGGGCGCAGCUCAUGACCGGGCGCUACAGCUACCGCAUCGGGAUGCAGGACUCGGUGCUGCACACAACGGAGCCGAGGGGGGUGCCUCUCACGGAGACAUUUGUCGGGGAGAAGCUCCAGGCGGCGGGGUACAGCACCGCCGCCGUGGGGAAGUGGCACCUGGGCAUGCACAUGCCUCAGUUCCUGCCGGUCGAGCGCGGCUUCGACGACUUCUACGGGAUCCUGACGGGCGGGGGCGGGCACUACACCCACAUGUCGGUCAGCCCGGAGUUUACCCCGCGCGGCGGCUCGGGGAAGACGCGGACUUUCAGCGGGCCCAACAUCGUGGAGGGGAGCGAGGUGUCGGACGACAACCAGGACACCAGGACGCACAGCACGGAGCUUUACACCAAAAAGGCGGCCGAGUACGUGGAGGCGAUGUCGGCCAAGGAGGACCAGCCGUGGUUCCUAUACCUAUCGUAUCAGGCCAUCCACGACCCCAUCGAGACUGACGACAGCUGGAUCAACGGAAGGUCGUGCGAGUCAAUCUCGGCGGAGAACUCAUCGAUUGGCGAAACUGACGAGACGGACUACGACAACCGCAGGAUCGCGUGCGGCAUGGUCGCUCAGAUGGACAACGGCUUGGGCGCCCUGCGGGGGCUGCUCGAAAACCUGGGCGAGUGGGACAACACCGUGGUCAUCUUCUUCUCGGACAACGGGGGGCUGCCGUCCCACGGGUCCGUCAACCGGCCCUUCCGCGGCGGCAAGGGCGACUACUGGGAGGGAGGCGUGCACGUGCCGGCUUUCGUAUCCGGAGGGUUCGUUUCCGCGGCGCUCAGACGGACGGGAGUGGAGCCCUACCGUUACGGCCACCUCACCCACGUUACCGACGUGCACGCCACCAUAUUGGGACUCGCCGGUGUGCCUGGCGCUGAUGACGGCGGCAAUGGCGAAGCAGAGCUGGACGGAAUAGACCUCUGGGAUUCGCUCGUGGAGACCAAGGCCCCCGCUCGGCAGGCCGUGGUCAUCAACCUCAACAGCCCCAACUUCGCCAGCAGCGGAGCCGUGCGAUGGAGCAACUACAAGCUGAUUCGGAACCCGGAGCCGAAGGAGACGGUGAUCUACAGCAGGGUGCAGUCGAAGCUGGUCGAAGAAGAGGGGGUGGUGUCAGAGUCUACCUUGGCUUCGGCGAUAUCGACCGUGCAAGCCCAGAUCCAUCUCUCGGAGCCCAAGAUGUACAUGUUCGACCUCGAGGCCAACCCGUCGGAGAGCGUCGUCGAGGGCUGCGGCACCGACAGAGCGCUGGGUCCGGUGGAGUCCUGCGCCAACCUGUACAGUAUACCGGCCUUCCGGGACGCACGCAAGAAGCUCGAGGGCAUCAUAAGGAAGGCCGACCGGGAGUCGGUGGCGCCGACGCUGCGGUGGGAAGACGACGGGCCGCUAGCGGACCCGAGCAACUGGGGUGGGUGGGUGCCGUGGAGAGACAGCAGCGGGGUCCCGCUGGCCUUGUACGGCGGGGUAGAAGUCGAUGGUGCGCCGGAAGCGCAGCAGCAGCAGGGGGCGGUGUUUGCCGGGUACGCGGGGGAAGCGGCGGGCGGGGACGCCAUCACGGUGACCUCGUCGUACGCGAGAUUUUUGGCCAUGGUCGUGUCGAUGGUCGCCGCUGGGUCGGUGGUAGUGGCGUAUCGCGCGGGUCAGCGGAGCGGGUACAAGGUGUUGCGGUAGGCGGCACGAGCGAACCCGUAGGCGCUAUUGAUAGGCUUUUUGCUCUCAAGGUGGAAGCAAGCUAUCGUGCUAGAUACGGCUUACCUUAUCUGUGGGUGUCUUGUUUGUACAUAGGAUUAACUGCUUUGUUGUGUGUUUCAGUUUAAAUAUUUUUUGGUGCCGACUGCUGUAUGACGGCAACAUGGCAAAGACGGUAACAUUGCAAAGCGUCGAGGCUUUCCUUCUCUUUUUUGCCCGAUAUCCUGCCGUUUUUUCUUUGACCGUCAACUCAGAGAAUCGAUCGAAAAUCGAUCGGGCUUUGUUUUUUUGUGCGCGUUCUACAGCAGUUCAUUCGUCCUUUUCGCUGUGCUACCGUCGAGUCGAUAGUGUUUUAUGUGAACAGGUUGUGUUGUUUUGUACAUUUUUUGUUGUCUUGUGUGGCCACACGCCGUCGGUGUGAGCUACCAUACACACUACGUAGAGGCUCUCAAGAGUGCUAUUGAGCUGAUCGAGAGAGCGUUCGUCCCUCAUGCCCGGUCGCGUUGUCUUGUAUCGACUUCGGGGUGUACUAAUAUAAUACCCUCUUUUUUCUCUUUUGCCUAGCGUCUAUUUUUGGUUAGAAAGAAGAGUUACGUUGAGCGCUCUGUCGGCUUAGUGGUGCAUUUGCCCCUUGGUUGUUGGCGUUCCGCAGAUGUGUACCUGCAGCGGUCAGACCUGCUGCUGAUGCCGCAUUGCCAUCAUGAAUCAAUCGCUGUCUGUACCUGC